AUGUCGCAAAAGCCUGUCGACGUCAAGGAGCUUCGCGAGCGUCUCAAGCAACGGGAGUCAACUUCUAAAGAGUUCAAUGAGAUUUGGGAGAAAGAGGGACUUCAGCUACUGCGGGAGACUCUGAGAAGCGAAUAUGAUGGCGAUUACAGCAUCACGAUUCGGUUCAAGUACCAAAGCAAUACCAGGUCUGUAGACGUCACGACACCCGAGGAGCUUUCCGCAGGCGUCAAGGACGAGAUCCUUAGCACCGUCUCAUCGUGCUUUGCGGAUUCUGAACGGCUUCUUGUCACUGUCGAAUUCCUCGUCGGAAUUGUCGAGCAUGCUGCCGAUGCAGUGACUUCCAGUCAGGACGCAGAUAACAAAUCGAAGAGGCCUAGAAACUCUGGCAAGUAUGAUGAGAGAAUGCUUGGAGAUUCUGUCAGCUUUGAAGAGAGCGACAGUGCCGCAACUCUCGGUCCAGCAAUCAAACUCGGUGGGUGUGAAGGAUGGAUUGUCAAUUGGCACCUUUUCGAUGGUAUACCGAACGGGGAACAUGUUCACGAUCCGUCCGAGGUCCCUCAUCACAGUCUAUUCCACCCAGCAUACAUCGACUGUGGCAAGAAUGAAAAACCGUCCCGGAUCGGGGAGCUGAAAGCAUACUCAGGACAGAUGUACAGAACAACUCGUCCGUCAAGAUCUCUACAACAUCACGUGCCAGGUGUUCCAGGAGAAUGCAAGCAAGGCAUGCAAGUAGUUACGGAUUGGGCUUUCUGCAGGGCUUGCGGGGAUGAAGCGAAGAAUCGUCUGCGCUAUGUACCGCGCGGUAUUGAAGUCGACGAUUCCUCGGACCCGAUUCGAGGGGUGUAUGAGCAACGCCCUCAAUUGCAAAUCAUACAGACAACUGGCCGGAGCAGUGGGUUCCGGUAUGCAGUGGUAUGCGACACACCGGCCGAGGUCCGUCAAUAUCCCCAUAUGCCGACCAGAGAAUGGUAUCUUGAGAAUCUUGAAGGUCUCUUGACGGUCGAAGAGUGGAAUUCCGAGGGCCCCGGGGUAUCUGGUGACUCGGGCGCUGCCGUGGUGCACGACGAAACGGGAAAACUCCUCGGGCAGAUUUGGGGUCGAAAUGUUUACGGAGGUGAUCAGCAAGUCUCCAGGGUGACAUACUUCACGCAUCACUGGGACAUAUUCGACGACAUAAAGGAACGAUAUCCCAACUUGGAAGGCCCGUUUCUCAUUUCCGGACCGAAUGGUGAUAUCUCGAGGACUACAGUUGCAAGAGAGUACGCCCAUGACCCUUCAGGGGUCGAGGCUGACGAGAAUACCCUGAGUCCAUCGCGACCGCGGAGCCGGGCAUGUUCGUCUAUCGGGACGGGCGACGGCGGCGUAACGAAAUCCUUCUCUCAGUCCACCCUGGUUCAGAGCGUGACGAACUCGUUAGCUCCGGGCGAGGGUGGGGCUAAGGAGAUUCAUCUUGAGAAGACUCUGGAGGGCGAAAUGGAUUGCGGAAGAGACUCUCAUUCUCGUAGCGCGGCUAGAACCUCGGCGGAUGAUGGUGCAUUGACGAUGCGACGCAGCUCAGCCAUGGGGACCGCUUGA